AUGUCUGACUACGUUAGAUUCCCUGAAGGUGUGGAAGAAAAAAUAAAAGAAGCUUUUGCUAAAAAUGGAGUAGCUGGGGUGAAAGAAGCAGCUCAAACGUAUGAGAAUGAAUGGAAAACUAUACCAGUCAAUAUUGCAGUUGCUGGUAGGGCAGGUACUGGCAAGUCUUCGUUUAUAAACGCUGUUUUGCAGACCACGGAAAAAGGAGGAGGUGCGAGAGUGGGUAUAACCGAAACCAAUGAUAUUCAACAGUUCUGUUCGAAACGAUUUCCAAAUUUAACUCUGUGGGAUCUACCUGGCGUUUGCACUGCUAAAUUUCCGAAAGAAACGUAUUUAGAUCAGGUAAAAUUUCAACGAUAUGAUAUGUUUAUUAUCUUGGCAGAUACACGAUUUACCGAAGGAGAUUUAUGGCUAGCCAGGUCAGUCAAGGACCAAGAUAAAAGAUUUUACAUGGUUCGAUCAAAACUAGAUAGGGACUAUGAAGAUGAAGCCAAUGACCAACCAGAGAACUAUGAUGGGAAAUCAGAAUCUGAAAUAAUGCAAAUUGUCUUGCAAAUCGUGAAAAAUGACAUUUCAAAACAAUUGGCCUCUUUGGCAGAAACGGAACAGGUGUUUGGAAUAAGCGUCAGGACCAAAUAUAUUGCACAUUUUGAAUUCGACACUCUGAUGGAAACAGUGAAGAACGAUGCUCCUGCAGCCAAAAAGGCGGUAUUCUUUAUGACCCUUCCUGCGCUUACGGAAAAUGCGAUAAAAAACAAGGCAUGCGUUUUAAGAAAACGAAUAAGGACAGUAUCGUUGCAAUCUGCUGCAGGAAGUUUGGUUCCGAUUCCUGGAUUCAGCUUAAUAGUGGAUAAGAAGCUAAUUGAUAGAGAAUGCAAGCUGUAUCGCGAACAAUUUCACAUCGAUGAAAUUUCUUUGGCUGCAACUGAGCAAGAGUACAAAUUUAAAUUGAAUGAAUUUGAUCAUGAAAUUGCCAACCAACUACGGUCAUUGGUAACAUUUAUAAAGAAGAGAGCUCUUCAUCGUUUGGAAAUAACCGAUGGUUUAGCAAAGCUUAUACCUCUCAUUGGAUUGGCAACCGCCGCAGCAAUAUCCUGUGGAGCAACUUAUAUGAUACUGAGUAAACUUUUAGAUUCCAUUGAGGAAGACGCCAUCAAGAUAAACAGAAAAAUACUAUCAAAUACUACUUGA